CAUAUUUCUACAGCAAAGAUGUUUGUACACUCAGCAUUAAGGAUUUUAGCCAUUUUAAUAGCUUAUCAUGCCAGCCUUUCUGUGGCGCUAGGCUUCAUUGGCGGCGCCGAGACAAGCAUUACGGCACAUCCUUAUGUAGUCUCACUACAAACAGCUAACGGCACACACAUCUGCGGUGGUGCACUAAUCAAGAAAAAAAUCGUCGUCACAACUGCUCAAUGUUUCGUCUUUUAUGAUCCUAAACAAAUAUUCGUGCGUGUUGGCAACAACAAUUACGAUAGCGAUGGUGAACUCAUACCAAUUGAUGCCUACAGAAUCAAUGAAAAUUUCGAUUUCACCACAAUGGAUAGUGAUGUGGCGGUGGUGAAGUUGUCUAAAUCCGUGAAGAAUUCACGUGUGACAAGGGAGAUAAAAAUUGCUGGAGACAAACCGAAAAACGGUAAAAGUGCUGCAGUGACCGGUUGGGGUGCAAACAAGCAGUUGGAGUAUGUUAAUGUGCGCCUUAUUGAUUAUAAGAAAUGCCGUUCGGGUAAAUAUAUUUAUGUUGAAGACGAUAUAACGAAAAAUAUGAUUUGUGCUGAGGCGUUAAAUAAGUCUGUAUGUGAUGGUGAACCAGGCAGUCCGUUAGUUCUUAAGGGCAAAUUGAUCGGUUUGUUGUCAUGGGGUUAUGGUUGUGGCAACCAGGGUAAUCCAGCUGUUUACACAAAUGCCAAUAACUUGCGAAAAUGGAUUAGAAAGGCGGCUAAAGAGUUGUAAAUUGAUGGCUUCUUAUAUCGGCGGCCAAUAAGCGCAGCUUUAUUAGCAAAAAGAAAAAAAAAAAUAAAAUUUCACAGCAAAUUCAAUUCAUAGU